CAUCCCCGUGAGUAGUAGUAGUCUCACUUAUCAGCAUUCACCGUAUGUAAACUGGGUUUUGGAUGAACAAUUAAUGUUCUUUGGAUGUAUUUGUGAUGCUUUUGGCUUCUCUGUUUGGGCAUUUGUCAAUAUCUGAUGGUAGUAUUUACUGCAAUUGCUGUUCUUUCUGUGAAUUUUUAACCGUGAGGGUGGGGACAAAGCCAAUUCUGAUACUACAAUGCAUGCAACAAAGUGGCGGGAUUCUAGUUUGAAGCCAUUCAACUUCAUGGAGGAGAAAGUUUCAAGACACAGGCGUUCUCAGAGUGAUCCAAUUAAGAGAAGACUAAAGACAGAGAGAUUAAGUAGCAUCCUUGAAUCUCCUUAUCAAGAUAAGAUGGAAUUAGGACAGCCGACAGCCUGUAUUGAAGUGCAGAAGAGGCAACCCUUUAAUACUGACGUUCAAUGUUCUUUGAAGCAAGAGGUUCUACAGCUUCAAAGGAAAUUAAAGGACCAAUUUGUAGUACGGUGUGCAUUAGAGAAAGCAUUAAGUCAUCGGCCUCUCUCACAUGAUGCUGCUGCUAUAGAACACUUAAUCCCCAAGCCUGCCCAAGACCUGAUCAAGGAAAUUGCAGUCUUAGAGUUAGAAGUUGUGUAUUUGGAACAAUAUCUUCUUUCUUUGUAUCGGAAAAAUUUUGAUCAACAAAUAUCAUCUCUAUCAACUAUGGAGGGAAGAUUGAAAUCAACUUCAGUCAUCCACAAAGACAUUUUUGGAGAAGUAGCUGAUUACGAUAUUAUGUCAGAGAAAGAAGAUUCAGUCAUCCACUCCAGUCAUCUUAUGCUGCCUCGAAAUUCAAGUGCUAAUCCACCGAACGAAUGCAAUGAUAUUUGGCGAACGCGGAAGCUACUGGAUUCUAGUAUUCAUCGCAGUGACUCAUCACUUUCUCAGCAUUCAGCUUGUUUAACUAGAGCUUCUCCUCCUAUGAAAUUUCUAACUAAAGCUGUAGACUCGUACCAUUCUCUACCUUUGUCAAUGCUGGAGCAACCUCAGACUGCCACUUCCAACGUAAGUCUGGCAGAGCAUCUCGGGACCCCUUUCACCAAUCAUAUUCCAGAGACACCAAACUGGCUUUCUGAGGAGAUGAUUAAGUGCAUUUCAGCCAUAUAUUGUGAACUUGCAGACCCACCUUUGAUAAAUCAUGAUUACCCUUCGUCAUCAAUAUCCGAGUAUUCUUCACAAGGUCAGAAUGAUAAGUGGAGCUCACAAUGCAAGAAAUUCUCAUCAUUCAAUUCAAACUUUGAUAACCCUUUCCACAUUGAAGGAUCAAAAGAAUUCAGUGGACCUUACUGCACUAUGGUGAAGGUGCAAUUGAUAUGUAGAGAAAGUCAGAAAUUAAGAGAAAUUGAAUACAUGCUACGACGAUUUAGGGCACUUGUUUCUCGGUUGGAAGAAGUUGAUCCCAGAAAGAUGAAACAUGAGGAGAAGCUAGCCUUUUGGAUUAAUGUUCACAAUGCACUAGUAAUGCAUGCAUUUUUGGUUUAUGGAAUUCCACAGAAUACUCUUAAGCGAAUGUCUGUACUACUCAAGGCUGCAUAUAAUGUUGGGGGUCACACCAUAACUGUGGAGAUGAUACAAAGCUCUAUCCUGGGAUGUCGAUUGCCUCGUCCAGGACAAUGGCUGUGGACGUUGUUUUCGUCAAAGACAAAAUUCAAGGUUGGAGAUACGCGGAAAGCAUAUGCAAUUGAGCACCGAGAACCUCUUCUACAUUUUGCACUUUGUUCAGGAAGCUUUUCUGAUCCUGCGGUCCGUAUAUACACAUCCAAGAGAGUGUUUGAAGAGAUGGAAGCUGCAAAAGAAGAAUACAUUCAAUCAACCUUCAGCAUACGUAAGGACCAGAAAAUCCUUCUACCAAAGAUAGUGGAGUCUUUUGCCAAGGAUUCAGGUUUGUGCUCAGCUGACUUGGUGCAGAUGAUUGAACAUUUUAUGCCUGAUACUCAAAGGAAGAGCAUUCAGCAGUGUCAGCACAAAAGAACAUGGAAGGGAAUUGAGUGGAUUCCUCACAACUUUACUUUCCGCUAUAUGCUUUCAAAAGAAUUAGCCUAAUGAUCUCAUAGCUUAAUAAGUGCUCAAGAGUCGAGAUCCUUUCCUAGGAGGUGAUAGCAGUGAUAGUAUGGGGCAGGUAUUUCAGUUGGCUUUAGCCUUAAUGGCUUUUUUAAAAAUUUUUAUUUUUUUUCACUAUUAAGUUCAGCUAGCCUAGUAGUUGAGAAUGACAGAUGAAUCAUAACUGAACCUUAUCAAGAACAUUGAGAAUAAUGAUGAUCAAAGAAGGUCAAGGUUACUCAGAUUGAGAAUAUCUAAAAAAUGCAUGAAGUGAAUUGUUUGAAGUCAGAAGAGAGAAAGAUGAGAAAGUAACCUGCUAUUUAAGGCCAUGACAUCUUCUUGUAAGCUUGAGCUUGUUUGAUCACAGUCUGGUUUGAAUGGUAGGGUUGUGAUUCGGCUGUCAUUCCCAGUCAUCUUGCCGACUUCUUCGAUAGAUUUUCGUGUACAUACAAAAGAAAGCAGCAAGAGAUAGCUUGAUAGAAUGGUGGCUUGCAGUUCUGUGUAAUAUGAUUAUUAUAUGGCUGGAUUUUGUAAUGUAAAAAGUAUCUCAUUAGUGUUUGGAAAGUUAUGAUG